CUCAAAAUGAGUGAUAGUUUAUGUCACAUCACAUGAACAACUUCCAACGACCCCUUAAAUGUAGACCUACGAGAAAUGCAACAGAAAAAAAAGACAAAUGUCGUCCUCUUCCCCGCGGCCACGAGACUACCCUCGCUCGCACUCGAAAGCUCCGUCUCUCUUCUCUUUCUCUGCUCGGCCGAUCUGCCCUUCCCUCCCUUUACUCUCUUCUCUUCCCUCCUGCCUUCCCGGAAUUUCAACCCCAAACCCUCCCCUAAAACCUCGAGAUUCAGAGUUCGAUAAAGCUUGAGCUUAGAGAGAACAGAGAAGAGGAGAAUCAAGAUCGACAGGGAUAGCAGGGCACGCUCAAGUUCAGCCAGGUAAUCGUGGAGCUGCUUGCAUUCCUCGAUCUGGAUUCUGUCUGAAUAUUGUUGCUAGCUAUUGGCUUUUUGGAGUUCUAGUGUGUAGGUUUUAAGAUAUGUAGAAAAGGUGUGUGUUGGUUGCUUCGCUUUCUAGGCAUCGGUUGAGGAUUUCCUUCUUAAGCAAAUUAGGAAAAGACGUUCACUUUUUUUUUUCUUCCAUCUGUUGCAUCCAUCAGUGAUUCCUGAAUGUUUUUUUCUUUCUUUCUAAUUGUUGUGUUUGUACACAGAGUGAUUUGGUUAUCUGCAAUGGGGGGUGGCAUAGAAAUAGACUCAGCAACGAAUUCAAGAAGCAUUCGUAUGGACUGGAGCCAGUGGCAAUUGCUUGAUUCCAUUCUCCCUACUGGUGGGUUUGCUCAUUCUUUCGGAUUGGAAGCAGCCAUUCAAGCCCGUAUAGUCUCCACUCCCGACGAACUUCGAACCCACCUGAUUCAUCUUUUGGAGAACACUGCCAGCCUGCUUCUUCCGUUCAUUCACUCUGCCACCACAAAUCCAAGUGCAGAUAACUUGCGGAAGCUGGACGCACUGCUGGAUGCGACUCUAAGCAAUGAGGUUAGCAGGAAGGCAUCUACUUCACAAGGAUCCGCAUUGAUGAGAGUGGCUGCAUCAGUUUUCACAGAAAUCCCAUCUCUCAAAACCACCAGAGAUGCAUGUCUUACUUCGAACUUUCACUUCCACCAUGCUCCUGUGUUUGGCCUCAUUUGUGGACUUCUAGGGAUGGAUCCCGAGACUUCUCAAAGGGGUUACUUGUUUAUCACACUGAGAGAUUCCAUAUCUGCUGCAACCAGGUUGAAUUUAGUAGGACCACUUGGUGCGGCUGUGUUGCAACAUCAAGUUGCAGCCAUUGCUGAGACUAUACUAAAACAGUGGGCCGAUCGUCCUGUCGAGGAAGCAUGCCAGACGUCUCCUUUGCUUGAUACUUUCCAGGGAUGCCAUAGCUAUUUGUUCUCUAGAUUGUUCUGCUCUUGAUGACUGUUAAAUGACAGACCCCUCAUAGGAUCAAAGAGAUCCUGCUCUGCCAGUGUGUACCAACGAUUGGAGUCUCCUAUUUGUUCUCUUCAGCACGACGAAUGGGGAGCCUCUCGGUUUCAUAUGAAGAUCGAAGAUAUUAUUCUUCAUAUAUUUCCCUCUGUAAUACAAAGUUUAGAAAUGAGAUAGGGGAGAAGGCGAAUAUCCAUUAUUUGGAUGCAUGUUCGAUGAGAAGCCAGUGACGUAACACAUUUACAUUGUGUCUCGUUAUCUUACUGGUAAUGGAUGAGUGUAUAAGAGAAUUAUGAAUGUAGUGGAAUUAUUUUCACUUGCUUUUACUUAUUGCAACAAGCUAGAGUCUCCUUCCUCAAAUUGGCUAGCAUCCUUUUUAACCAGAUUCUGACGCCAUGUGAAAAUUGUAGGAAUGAUUGGUUUAUAAAAGAGGUUUACCUUC